AUGGCAUUAGUGACGAGAUUUAUGCACUAUAGGUUAUUGAUCUUCAUACUGAUUUGUUGUGUAAGAUGUAAUGUAAUUGAUUGGUCCACAAUACCAACACCGCCACGUUUCAUUCACGAGCCUAACGACCCUACAAUUUAUUUUACGUUAGAAUCAACUCAAACUUCUAAUGGCCAUAAUUUAGAUUAUUUAAAAGAACGAACAUUGAGGUGUAUUGCUGAUGGUAAUCCAUCUCCUGGAUAUAAAUGGAAAAAGAACGGUAAACCGUUCAAUUUAGCAUUGUAUUCUGAUCGGAUUGCUCAGCGUCCAAAUGAAGGAUCAUUUGUUUUUUCUAAAUUAACUGCUGCCGAUGAAGGUGUUUAUCAAUGUGAGGCAACAAAUGAUAAUGGUACUGCUAUUUCCGAGAAGAUUACUCUAAAGCAAACAUGGAUACGAUACUUUCCAAAAGCUGAACCGGAAAUCAUACGUGUCGAUUUAGGUGAUCCAUACCAACGGAAUUGUACGCCACCUGAAUCAAAUCCACCGGCUCGAGUUUACUGGAUUUUUAAGGGUGAUGAAGAAGGAUCAUUUGAUUCAAUUAACAGUUCACAUAUUUCAACAAAUGAACUGGCUAGUUUUUCCUUCUUUUUUUAA